AUGUCAGAGUUGUGGCAUGACAUCAAAUCCGCUACCGGUGGUGGGGUCACGAAGAAGUCAACCAAGCGGAAGAGAGCGACCACGACGGUGACGCCGAAACAGAAGAAGCAAGGCAGGAAAGCUAGGAAGACUAUCGCUGUCACCAUCGGUUUACCUCCUGAUGAUAAUACUAUCCAAGCCGGCGUCGACGAGGUUGACGGGUCGCUGGUAACCAUUGCGUCGCUUGAGACCAGGGAAGAAAAAGGAUAUCGCCUUAAUGUCAGGCCCAGAGCGGUAGCAGAAGCUGUGCCACACUCUCAGAUUCUUCUGCCUACUAAGAAGGAAGGGAAUAUGUCGGAAGCAGCCUCCGAAGAUGAUCUUAUUCACUUAUGGCAUUCGCUCACCAAUAUUCAGGAUCUUCAGGCACCUGCCUGGGAGACUGGUUACGAGUCUAACCCAGCUCUAGACUCGUAA